CGGGACGGAGUCAAGAUUUCGUUUCAAGCGGCGUCGCACUACUUUCGGUGCCCCCUGUCAGUGUUUUUGAGCCGGCCGUCAGCCCUGUGCGAGGUAUCAAUAUAAAAACACGUCUUGCCCGCUGUCCUUAAACCACUUGCCUUUUCCUUCCUUCUCACUACGCAUUCCGAUCCGAAUAUCUCCUACUGUUUUUCCUUAUCUCCUUUCCUUUGUAUUUCCUUAUCUCUCAUCGCAAUCAGUUUCUCCGUCUCAUCCAGACCAAGGCCACCACCCAAAAUGCAUGUCACCAAGAUUGUCCAGGCUGCCGCCCUCCUCACCGCCGGCGCCCGGGCUUCCUCCGCCCCCGCCUCCCAAGACAGCAGCCUCGAGGCCCGUGGGGUUGCAGCCGACAUGUUCAAAUUUAACUGGCAUGUCCCCAAGGUCCCAACCUGGAAGGAGCUCCAGGAGCCGACCCCCCGCAACAAAAAAAUCAAGGAGUCCCAGGACAAGCAGGUCGCCGCCGCCGCCGCCGCCAAAGCCGCCGCCGCCGAGGGCAAGAAGGCAACCCGCCGCUCAGUGGACCGCAGCCUCGAGGCCCGUGGGGUUGCAGCCGACAUGUUCAAAUUCAACUGGCAUAUUCCCAAGGUCCCAACCUGGAAGGAGCUCCAGGAGCCGACCCCUCGCAACAAAAAAAUCAAGGAGUCCCAGGACAAGCAGGUCGCCGCCGCCAAAGCCAAAGCCGCCGCCGCCGCCGAGGGCACGAAGGCCACCGAGGAAAAGAAGCCCACCCGCCGCUCCAUCGAAAGCGACGAGGAGUCCAAGCAAGAGGAGGGCGUCGAGGUCAAGCGCGGGGUGGCCUGGUCCGCGGGAACGCAGCGGCGCGAGCCUGGUAUCUGA